UAGGAGUUUUACGUAAAGCAAUUUUGGAGCAAGCUUCCCCUCUCCUGGCGAUUGGCUCUUGACAAUGUAGAAACCCAUGAACUUGCAACAUGGAUGGAAACUGGAAAGUGCCCAGGUGUAUGGCCACUCUCUUUACUUGCCUACAGAGAAGCAACCCGAGCAAUGUCCUUCUGUCGAAAGCCAUCAGAGAGCUUUGAUGUAGCAUAUCUAAAUCUGAAAGAUAAGCCAUCAAAAACACAACUGGGGUCAGAUGAGACAAUUGGCUUACAUAUAGAAAGACAACCAAAUGUAAUCUGCAGCACAAGUAUUGAUACUAAUUCAAGGACUGCAGUUACAAACAUCAAGGAUCAACAAAAGCAUAAUUUGUUCAAAAAAGCGACAACAUUCCUAUGGAGAUGUGCUGCUGACGAACUCUCUAAAGAAGCUGGUCAGCACAAAUACUUGGGCCACUGCUACAGGAAGCAUGUCAAACCAAAAAAACAGCAUGAAAUUGGCAGGCUAGCGCAGGUAGUUGCAGCAGUGUGUACACAUAACCAUACCACUAGUGUAUUGGACAUGGGAUCUGGACAAGGUCAUCUGUCUCGCCUUCUUGCGUUCGGUUAUGGUCUGAGUGUGACAAGUGUUGAGGCAGAUUCUUCUUAUACCAAUGGAGCAGAGAAAUUUGAUAGGGAAGUAAAAGAAAGCAUUAGGAAAGAAAUGGAAAGGGAAGGCCGUGAGAAAAUUGAUGAUGAAUAUCAAGUGAAAUACAUUAAUCAGUGUAUUAAGCCUGAUAUAUCUGUUAAAGACUUUAACUCAUUGGUGGGAAACCAGAAAGGGUGUGUUCUGGUUGGACUUCAUACAUGUGGUGACCUAGGCCCAACAAUACUUAAAUUAUUUACAAAGAGCGAUCACAUCAAGGCCAUAGUGUCAGUAGGAUGCUGCUACAUGAAAAUUGCCAACACUGGGUAUGUUAUGUUUUACCCUUUGCUGUCACUUAUUGCAGUUAAUGAGCCAAAGUUGAAGUUGCACUGCUACCGAGCAAAACUCGAGUGGCUGCUGAAGGCAUAUAAACCUGAGCUGCACGGGACCACUAGUAUUGGCACAAUCCGCCAUGCUGAGAACAUGAGCUUCACCGAGUACAUAGAGGUAGCCUUAAAAAAGCUUGGCUGCAAUCGUAUUGCCACAGCAGAUGAUGUGGAAUUAGCAGAAUAUGAAUGUGCUGCCAGCUGGAGGAGAGUGGUGGCAUUUUAUGCACUCAGGCUUUUAUUAGCACCAGUCCUGGAAAGUGUCAUUCUCUGUGACAGAAUGCUGUAUCUAUAUGAGAAUGGAAUUAACUGCACUAUACUGCCAGUGUUUGACCCUAUGAUUUCACCGAGGAACCUUGUGGUCGUUGCUACAAAGUCUAAAGAACAGCCAUCCUGCUAAGCAAUCAACACAGCAUAAAAAAUCCCAUUGUAGCAUAUAACUUGGCAGAAUAUUAGCUGCUACUUGGUGCUUAAUUUAACUAUCCCCUUACUGUGUAGUACAUCACUAGGCAGGUGCUACUUCAUCAUGUUGCUUACCAUAUAUAACUGUUUAUAGAGUAAUGCAGAACGUGACACCUAGUAGUAGGUUCUGGAAAUUUAUUGUAGUGUUGCUGUCUGAUUAAGAAAGUUUGGCAAUUAACUUAUUGUGUAUAAUUAAUAAAGACCAUUUGAAUAUAAACAUGUCACAUGUCGAUGUUUGAAUAUUAUAAUAAAUUAUGCAGGAGA